AUGAAGAAGGGGUUUCUGGAUGGUUGUAGUCCUGUUAUAGAGGUGGAUGGAUGCUUCUUGAAAGGGUCAUUCAAAGGACAACUGUUAGUUGCAGUUGGAAAGGAUAGGAAUAACAAUAUGUAUCCAAUUGCUGUUGUCGAAGCUGAGACAAAAGACUUUUGGACAUGGUUUUUGGAAAUCCUUGUGUCUGAUCUUGGAGUACAUGAACGGAGCUACAGACUAACAUUCAUUUCAGAUAGACAAAAGGGUCUCAUGCCAGUUUUAGAGGUUGUGCUUCCAAUGGCAGAUCAUAGAAUUUGUGUUAGGCAUCUGUAUGUCAACUUCAGAGACUUAGAGGGGCAUAAAGGAUUGGCAUUGAAAGAACAGUUGUGGGCUGCAGCAACCGCAUACACUCAACAUGAGUUUACAGCUCAUAUGGAAGAAUUGAAAAAACUUAGCAAGGAUGCAUACGAGUACUUGAAUAAGAUUGACCACAGUGGGUGGUCUCGGGCUUGGUUUAAUGAAUCUCCAAGGUGUGAGUUGCUGGUGAACAAUAUAUGUGAGUGUUUCAACUCAUACAUCCUCAAGGCUCGUGAUAAGCCUAUUUUGACAUUGUUUAAGAUGAUAAGGAAAAAGUUGUUGAGGAGAUAUCAGGUUAAGAGAGAAGGGAUUGAGAAGUUGACUGGUAGGUUGUGCCCUAGAAUUGUGCAAAAGUUGGAGGCAAUUGAGUUAGACGCAAUGGACUGCAUUGCAACCUAUGCUGGUGAUGGAAUGUUUAAGGUUACUGCUCCCAGCAACAAACAGUAUGUGGUAGACCUACGUAGAAGACAAUGUGGAUGCAGGCAAUGGGAAAUCACUGGAAUUCCUUGUCCCCAUGCAUUUGCUGCUGUACUCUAUAAUUGUGGGAAUCCUGAGGACUAUGUUGAUGAAUGUUACACAAUCAAGAGGUACAAAAAGGCAUAUGUACCAAUAAUUUACCCAAUGCCUAGUGAGGAACAAUGGAUGAAGACCAGACAUGAUCAUUUGGAACCACCUAGAAUUAGAGUGACCCCCAGGAGACCAAUGAGGCUAAGAAAGAGGAAAGCUAAGACGGUGAAAAGUUGUGGUAGUUGUGGUCCCAGCCAGUUAUCAACUGUAGUAAAGGAUAAGGAGGACUUAAACAGCAAGAAUACAGCAUCUGGGUCAACCACUAGUCCACAAGCAUACAUCAUACUCAAGAAGGGUAAGGGGAAAGUUCAGCCUACACAUGCUCCACGUGGAUCUCUAAUCCCCAGUCUUGUUGAUGAAAGAGAGCACACACCUCCCCCUGAAUUUGGACCUGAAAGAGGAGUAAGACCUCCACCUGUUGAAGACUAA